GUGGAUUGGUUCUCAAAGAGGUGUUGCUAUGGCUAUUUUCUCAGCUGCUCCAUUCUUGGGUCCUGUCUGUGGUCCAAUCUUUGGUGGUUUAUUAGCAGAUUAUGCACCAACUUGGAGAUGGAUUUACUGGACCUUUUUGAUUAUUGCUGGUGUAUUCUAUGCCUUCUUCAUAGUGCUUGUCCCUGAAACCCAUGCUGGUAUCUUGUUGAAAAAGAGAGCAAAGAAAUUGAGAAAAGAUACUGGAGAUGAGAGAUACAGAUGCUUGAACGAAAUUGAAGUGAGGAAUUUUGCCGAAGUUGCAAAAACAUCUCUUUUAAGACCAUUUGUGUUGUUGAGUGAAUUGAUUGUGUUUUUGGUUACCAUGUACAUGGCAGUUAUCUACGGUUUGUUGUACAUGUUCUUCUUUGCUUAUCCGGUGUUGUACAUGGAAGGUAAAGGCUGGUCUGCUUCAAAGACUGGUGUUAUGUUCAUUCCAAUUGGUGGUGGUGUUAUUCUCGCUACCCUUGCUGCUCCACUUUUUAACAAGGACUACAACAGAAGAGCUCAGAAAUAUAGAGAUAGAGGAGAGUUGCCACCAGCUGAAUUAAGAUUGAUCCCAAUGAUGGUUUCCUGUUGGUUUGUUCCUUGUAGUCUUUUUGCAUUUGCUUGGUCAUCUUACAGCUGGCUUUCUUGGGCUGGUCCAUGUUUUUCUGGAUUAGGUGUUGGUUUUGGUCUUUGCGGGUUGUACAAUCCUGCAAACAAUUAUAUUGUUGACUCAUACCAACAUUAUGCUGCUAGUGCAUUGGCUGCAAAGACAUUUGUCAGAUCAAUGUGGGGUGCUUGUGUUCCUUUAUUUACUAUCCAAAUGUACCACACAUUAGGUUACGAAUGGGCCAGCUCUUUGAUGGCAUUCAUCUCAUUAGCAUGUUGUCUCAUUCCUUACUUGUUUUACAUCUAUGGAGCUAGAAUCAGACAAUUUUCCAAAUACGCUUAUUCACCAAAUAUGGAUGCAAAGAAACCGGAUUUGGAGAGUCAUAGACACUAA